AUGUCUGGCGGGCCCCCCAAGGCCCUACCGUCCACGGGGCCCCACUCCCUGCGCGACAUGCCGCACCCGCUGGCCGGCUCCAGCAGCGAGGAGGCCGUGGGCGGCGACAGCACACCUAGCCCGGACCUGCUGAUGGCCCGCAGCUUCGGCGACAAGGAUCUCAUUUUGCCCAAUGGUGGUACUCCAGCAGGUACUUCAAGUCCAGCUUCUUCAUCUUCCCUUCUCAACAGACUUCAACUUGAUGAUGACAUUGAUGGUGAGACCAGAGAUCUCUUUGUCACGGUUGAUGAUCCCAAGAAGCAUGUGUGUACAAUGGAAACCUACAUCACGUAUAGGAUUACCACUAAAAGUACUCGGGUAGAGUUUGACCUGCCAGAAUAUUCUGUUCGUCGAAGAUACCAGGAUUUUGACUGGUUGAGGAACAAACUGGAAGAAUCCCAACCCACUCAUCUCAUUCCCCCACUCCCGGAGAAGUUUGUGGUAAAAGGUGUUGUAGAUCGUUUUUCAGAAGAGUUUGUAGAGACCAGAAGAAAAGCUUUGGAUAAAUUCUUAAAAAGAAUCACGGAUCAUCCUGUGCUCUCCUUCAAUGAACAUUUUAAUGUUUUCCUCACUGCUAAGGACCUGAAUGCCUACAAGAAGCAAGGAAUGGCAUUACUGACCAGAGUGGGUGAGUCAGUAAAGCAUGUCACUGGAGGCUACAAGCUGAGGAGUCGGCCUCUUGAGUUUGCAGCCAUAGGUGACUACUUAGAUACGUUUGCGCUCAAACUAGGAACCAUUGAUCGUAUAGCCCAGCGGAUCAUCAAAGAAGAAAUAGAAUACCUCGUGGAGCUGAGAGAAUACGGGCCUGUGUAUUCCACAUGGAGUGCACUAGAGGGAGAGCUGGCCCAGCCCCUAGAAGGUGUGUCGGCCUGUAUCGGAAACUGCUCUACAGCCUUGGAAGAGCUGACUGAUGACAUGACAGAAGACUUUCUGCCUGUGCUCAGGGAAUAUAUUUUAUAUUCUGACUCCAUGAAGAAUGUGUUGAAGAAGAGGGACCAAGUGCAAGCAGAAUACGAAGCCAAACUGGAAGCUGUGGCUUUGAGGAAGGAAGACCGCCCCAAGGUGCCAGCAGAUGUUGAGAAAUGUCAGGAUCGGAUGGAGUGCUUCAAUGCUGAUUUGAAAGCUGACAUGGAGAGGUGGCAGAACAACAAGAGACAGGAUUUCCGCCAGCUGCUCAUGGGAAUGGCUGACAAGAACAUCCAGUAUUAUGAGAAGUGCCUCAUGGCGUGGGAGUCGAUUAUUCCACUUCUGCAGGAGAAACAAGAGGCCAAAUAA